UCCACCACCCUCACUACCGUACUCACACUCUCCACUUCCCUCUUUUCCCUUCGUUACUUCGCACGCCCCGCAGCAAAGCUUUCCCCACAGCUCAGCUCACUCCCCAACGCCCUCUCCAUCUUCUGUCUCUCCAUCUCUGAAAAGUUGCCUUCUUUUGCUCUAAAAUCACAAUGCAGCUCCGCCUCACCAUGGCCUCCGGCACCCUAGCGACAGUCCUUUCUCUCUCCGUUCUUCUCCUCGUCCUCUCCCCCACAUCCCACGCCCACAACAUCACGCGCCUGCUUGCCCAUCACCCGGACUUCUCCACCUUUAACCACUACCUCUCCCUUACCCACCUCGCAGACGAGAUCAACCGGCGCACCACCAUCACCGUCUGCGCCGUUGACAAUGCCGCCAUGAACGAGCUCCUCGCCAAGCACCUCUCCAUCUACACCAUCAAGAACAUCCUCUCCCUCCACGUCCUCCUCGACUACUUCGACGCCAAGAAGCUCCACCAAAUUACCGACGGAACCGCCCUCUCCGCCACUCUCUUCCAGGCCACUGGAUCCGCUCCAGGUACCGCCGGCUUCGUCAACAUCACCGACCUCAAGGGUGGGAAAGUUGGUUUUUCUCCGGAGGAAAACAACGGCCACAUCGGCGUUUUCUUCGUCAAGGCUCUGGAGGGACUUAAGUACAACAUCUCCGUCAUCCAGAUCAGCAAGAUCCUCCCGUCAGAUGUCGCAGCGGCCCCCACACCGGGCCCGGCCGAGGUCAACCUCACUGGCAUAAUGUCUGCUCACGGCUGCAAGGUCUUUGCUGACACUCUUAUAGCCAACUCCGAUGCCGAAAAGAUCUUCCAGGAAAGCCUUGACGGAGGCUUAACGGCGUUCUGCCCCCUCGACGACGUGUUCAAGGCGUUCCUUCCUAAGUUCAAGAACCUGACGGCGUCCGGGAAGACGUCGUUACUCGAGUUCCAUGGCGUGCCCGUAUACAUGUCCAUGCCCAUGUUGAAGUCCAACAACGGCCCCACGAACACGCUGGCCACCGAUGGCGCGAAAAAGUUCGACUUCACUGUGCAAAACGACGGUGAGGAAGUGACUUUGAAGACGAACAAAGAGACCGCGAGGAUUACCGGCACGCUUCUCGACGAGCAGCCCGUGUCGAUCUACACGAUCGACAAGGUCUUGAUGCCGAAAGAGCUGUUCAAAGCCGAGGCACCAACUCCUGCUCCUGCACCGGCUCCGGAAGAGGCGGCCGACGCUCCCAAGGCUAGCAAGAAGAAGAAGAAGAAGGCAGCGGCGCCGUCGGAAGAGGAGUCCGACUCUCCCGCUGAUUCACCAUCAGACGACCCGGCAGAUCAGACGGCCGACGAGAAUGGAUCCGUUAGAUUUGACUUAGCAAAUCUGGGAUCCAUGCUCGUCGGUGCGUGGCUAGUAGUGCUAUCCAUGCUGUAAGUUGUUUUUUUUUUUUUUUUGGAAAAAGUAUUCACCUUUGAUGGAGAAAUAGAAUAAGUAAUUGGGAGGCUUGAGAAGAAUACUUUGGCCCUUGGGUGAAAUGUCUUGAUAUUUCUCUGUUUGUUCUUAGUUUGCGUGUUCUUGCUUCUUUUUUCUUGUUUUUUUUAAUUUUCUAGGAGAGAAUUGUUUUCAUUUAUUUGUAAUGUGUUUCUUUCAUUUCAUUGGAGUGUGUUUGAUGAGAUUCUAUUGAUUACCAAGAAAAUGUUGCAAACUUCUCUAUA